AUGGCUGAGUUCGCGAAGGAGGCCGGUGGAGAGCUGUUCUCGUAUAAUCGAGAGAACUGGAAAUUCAACAAUGAGCUGCGACAGAAGAAUCUCUACCAGCAGCAGAAGAUGCGUGUUAGGCAAGUUGACCUUUACCGAGAGGAUCUUCAUGACUUAUUCGGCCUUACUAUAGGAAAGAUGGACAACUACGCGACCGUGAGUGUUAUCCUGUUAAUCUGGUGCAUUGAGAUGUUCUACAAAGGACGUAUACCAUCACCGACGCAGAACUUUCUGUUCUGGGCUUACGCGAUAUCGCUUGGUCUCUGCAAGGAUCUGUCGUGCCCUCGCACACCCCAUCAGCGAGUGUCGUUGAUCCUGGAUGUUGGACGCCUGGUACGCCUCCCACCAGCUGGACUGCCUCUGGUUGUGGACACCCUAUGUGGGACGUUUGGUGCUGAUGUUGGCGCUGGGAAACUGAAAGGCCGUGGCGGCCACAAUCAUAACUCACCUAGUGUCACGUUGGAGGAGAUACAGGACAAGAUUCUCGAGAUGGCUAUGGACCGUAGUGGCAGUCGUGUCCUACAGAAGUUGAUCUCGGAUACUUCGGCGAGUGCUGCGGAUGGAGGGGCCCAUGACGAGUUGGAGAAGCUCAUUGAUGCUAUCAUCCAUGAGAUACAGCCGGUAUUAUCUCGUAUAAUGUGCGACACGUAUGCUAACUACAUGUGCCAGCAACUUUUCCAAGUCUCUUCAGCGAGUCAGAGGAUCGCUCUGCUCCGCAAUGUCCUGGAGAAUAUAGUCUACAUAUCACAAGACCGUCGUGGAACGCAUUCUCUCCAGGCAUUGAUAGCUUGUAUGCAAACACCGCAGGAGCACGCUCUGCUAGCGGAGACGCUACAUGGCAACGUUAACAAGAUGGCACUCGAUGUUCAUGCAACUCACGUUUUACAACAAACCAUCACCAAAUGCACGCCUGAUGGUCCAGGCAAGGAGUAUAGCCACUUGCCUAUGGCUGAUUUUGGUUUCAUUUUCGACGACAUUUACAGAAAUCUUGAGGCUCUCGCUGGUGAUCCGAACGGUCUGGGUGUCGUGAAGAAGUGUAUUUCUCAUGCGCCGUGGUACGAUGAUGGCUCAUACGUAGAAAAGAACUACCAGCGCUUACCCGACAGCCGUAACAAACAGAAGUGGGACAAGGUCCUCGUGAUGGCCGAGAAGCGUUGCAAGAAGGUAUAG